AUGCAGCCUGCACACUUCAGAAUAGCUCAGUUGAGCAUCGCCGGCCUGUGCCUGGCUUUCGGCGUUGCCAUUAUGGGCACAGCAGGCCACACGCUUGACGUGUACCGGUCACAAUACUCGACCAACCCGUGGUGGCUACCGCUCUGGAGUUCGCACUUCAACGUUCGCGGAACCAACGUCCUAAUUGGCGCUGGCGCUGUGGCGACGGUGGUCAACCUUACAUUCAUUGCCCUGUGCCUCCUACCAAAGUUGAACCUGACUGAGCGCACCACACUCCGCGCCUUCAUCACCAUCACCCUCAUCUUCCCCUCCGCCCUCAUCUCCUUCAUCACCGUCAUUUACGUCCACGUUAUCAACCAUUCGGCACCCGACACCGAAACCAUCCAGACCUGGACGUGCAAGGUCAAGGGCCAGAAGCCCGGACCCGGCUCCGGCCGCCUGGCGUCCGCCAUCAGCAACGGUGACUUUGGGCGUCUGUGCACCGAGAGCAAAUUCGCCCUCUAUACCACCCUUGUUAUCUUCCUGCUGCAAACCGCCAUGCUGGUCGGCGCCAUUGUGACUUGGUGCGUCGAAAAGUACAGUGCGCACAAGCAACGUAAGUUUGAGGAUGUUAGUAGCGUCGAGAUGAAGGAGCCCCACGUUCAGGUGCAGCCCGUGAACUACUAA